UUGCUGAGGAGUCGACUCUGCCUUCCUUACACGUUGACAUUGGUGUGUGUAUCCUCAGCACCAUGGAUAGCUCCCGGCUCCUCCUGCUCACCUGUGUGUGCAGCCUCCUCUCCCUGACCUGUGGGGCUGAAGUCUCUGAACUCGAGUCCAGAUCUCUGAGAAACUUUUACCCCAAAGAUUCGUCUCUUUCCAGCGAAAAGGAACUGUUGGGAGCUCUCCAAGAAGUGCUCGAGAAACUGCAGAGUAAAAGGCUUCCUACCUGGGAGAAGAAGUUUGGACAACUCCCGCUGUGUGACAUCGGAGAACAAUGUGCCGUGAGGAAGGGAGCAAGGAUUGGAAAACUCUGCGACUGUCCCAGAAGCACUGGCUGCAAUUUCUUCCUGCUCAAAUGCUUGUAGAGAACCCAAACAUUUGGCCCCCCAGCUCUAUUUUCAAGGAGAUGGCCACAGAGUUGGAAGGAAGCAUUAUGUGGACAUAUUAUGAAUACAAAAGAUUGUUAGCGCUUCAUAUACUGUCAUAGAACUUUAGGAUCGCUCCUGUACAGUUGGUUUGUUCUGUCUGUGUUUCAGUGUUCCUCGAAACAAUGAAUCUAUAUUAAAUAUGUUAUCCUGUUU